AUGCUGCUAUCAAAAGAAGACUCGGGCUGCCUCAUCACAGCCCACACAGCGUUCAUUGAACAGGAAGACUACAGUAUCCCCAACUUUGUAGGUGUCAUUGAGCUGCACACGACAUUGGGGAGUGAAGAACAUGCCAAAAGACAAACUCCCACCACCCCACCGCCUGGUGUCAUGACGGAGCCAAAAACAAGAUUCCGUGUCUUGGAUGCGUCAAAGAAAGCAAAGAAGGCAGCAGACCUGAAUGGCACACUCAACAGUUGUAAGCUUUUGCUGAAGCAUCUGGCUAUUCAGGCCCAGAGGAUCCUCCACAUUGAAGGGGCCACCAAAGAGGUUACCACCGCCAUCACGUGGUUCUCUCCCCACGGGGUACCCUCAGACGUCUUGCUGAGGGUACCCAGUAGGUACCCCGCGGGGGGAGAACCACGUGAUGGUGGUGGUAACUGA